AUGCAUCGUGUUGCCUUCGGCGCAAUGGCCUUGGCGAGCCUAUCCGCCUACACAAGUGCAGGAUCCGUGGAGGAGUGCCUCGCACCCGCGACAUUCAGUGCAUCCAAAGACUAUUUCCCUUCCGCGGCCGGUGCCACCGUCGAUGAAGCCCGUAAGUUUACUAUUGAAUACGAUCAGGGGUACAAAGUGGUGACCAACAAGGCAGGCAAGCGACAGUACGUGCUCUAUCGGUGCGGAGCCCCCGAGCCGGAUGUCAGCGCUCUGACCCUCCCUGCCGGCUAUGAGCGCCGCAUCCUUUCCGUGCCCGCCCAGAAAGCUGUAACGGCUGAAACUGUCAGCUACGACUUUCUGAACCUCCUUCAGAACGACAAGACGGACAUGGGCGUGACCGAUCGUCUCAUCUCGCUUUCUCCGUACUCCGUGGAUGCCUGUGCUCAAAAAGCUCUGACCUGCAGCAACAAUGUCAUGUCCCCUGGUUUGAAUGCAGCGGUGCCCGGCUGGGGCGCCAAGCCGGAAGAAUAUGAUGCCCUGAUGAACGAGGCCAACGUCUACUUCGAUUACUCGGAGUCUUACAAGGGGACGGGUGCCACGGAUAAAACAGUGAUCUUCUCUGCCACCUCAGAGACCAGCUUGUUGGGGCGCGGGGAGUGGCUCAAGUUUGCAGCUGCUUUUUUCAACCUGGACGGCGUGGCAGAGCAGAAGUUUGAUCGGACCCGGGAGAAGUACUACGAGCUCUCGGAUGCCGCCAAGGCCAAUCCGAGCCGCCCCAAAGUGUCUUUCGUGAACGUCGACACGUACGGUGACAGUACCGUGGAUUACUUUAUGAUCGAUGUGGCUGGCUACAAACGAAGCGCGGUCCUGGAUGCCGGCGGAUACAUUGCCAAUGUGGAAGACUUUGUGGGCGCCCCUAAUGUGAGCUUCCCGAGCACCAUGCGGGCCGCCAGAUGGGCCGUGCCGAAGGAAGCCGGAGCAGAGAGGGAGGCGGCCAUCAAGGCCUUCGCCGCCAACCUGAAAGACACGGACAUCCUGAUCGACGAACGCUACUCCCCUUCCGUCCUCUCGCGCGACGAGUCCCUGGCCGCCUACGGUCUCUCUGGUAACGACAUGGAGUACCCAUUCAUCGCGCACGGGAAACUCUACCGCGAGGACCGAACCGGCUCGGCCACAGGCAGCGCCUGGUUCGAAUCGGGCGUCUCGCGUCCCGACAUUGUCCUGAUGGAUUUCAUCAAGGUCAUCCAGCCUUCCACGCCUGCCGUUGCCAGCCACGAGCGAGUCUUUCUGCGCGAUUUGGCACAGGGAGAGACCAAGCAGGUUGUGACGGCGGCGGAAUGCGAGCGGGGCUACCCCGUAUGCGGCUUGUCUUUGGCAGACAAGGCUGCCGCCAUUUGCUCCAGUGACCAAUUUAAGACCUGCUCGGACGGCAGCAAGGUGUUUUUGACCCCCUCCUCGGACUGCACGCGCUUCCAGGCCUGUCCCAUGCGCAGCAUGAGCAACUACACCGGGCUCCCCGCUUCGUCCAACAUCAUCUUGGCCGUGUUUAUGUCUUUCGUCGGCCUCGUUCUGAUUGCGGCAGGCUUCUACUUCGGAAGGAAGAAGGCACGCACCACGAGCCCCGGAGGCUUGACUCCCAAUGGGAAUGCUGCCACCUUGCAUUAG